AAAGGAAAUAAAUCAGAAAUCAGCCGUUCAAACUAGCUAAUAUUUACGAACGGUCAUGUAGCUAAUAUUGAUGAUGGAUUAUCGAAAAUUAUUUAACGGUGGAUACGGAGACAGAAACUCUGAUCAUCACUAAACACAACAUCAGGGGCCAGCAACCUCUAUUUCCACUGUAGAAGUACUACCUGUGUCCCUGUGGAGCCACCAUAGCUGAGACACAAUGUCUCUCGCACAGAGAGUCCUUCUCACCUGGAUCUUCACCCUGGCCUUCCUCAUCAUGCUCGUCCUCAAACUAGAUGGCAAAGUCCACUGGAACUGGUUCCUCACCUUUCUACCCGUAUGGAUCUUCGACGGCAUCCUCCUCCUCAUGUUACUAGUCAAGAUGGUCGCCAGGUGUAAAGCGGGCCACGAACCUCGUAACGGCUCCCAGGACCUGAAGAAGAAGGCCUGGUACCUGGCGUCCAUGCUGCUGAAGCUGGGCUUCUGUCUGACGCUGUGCGCCCGGCUGGAGAAGCUUACCCAUAUCAAGCUCACCUUUGUGUGUAUUCCUCUGUGGUGCAUGUUGCUGGGAGCCAUGGUGGAGCUGGGCUGUAACAUCUUCCCCGAGAGGAGAGAGGCAUGAGAGAUGGAUUGAGGAGAAUGGAAAGGAGGAGGCAGAGAAGGCUGGAAGGAACACACACAAACCUACUUCUUUAGUGUGGAUAUUUUAGCUGUUUGCAAAAUCACAAACUCUCUCCUUCAUUUGUUAUGACAUGAAGUGUUAUCCCCUUGUCCAAGCAUUGCUCUCGUGCCAAGUGUUGCUAAUCAGAGAACAGAUAAGAGACGGUGCCUUCAGGAGGUUAUAGGACGGAUGUAAAUGGUACAGAUCAUGUAGAUGUCAGAUAAACUAAUACAAUCUAGCAAAGACAUGUCACAUUGCUAGCGAAGGAUUUCCAGACAUUUUCCUUGACGUCAGCAUCUUUUGUGCUGUGUUGUAGACUCUUUCAUACUUUGUGGGAUGACGAAAAAUGAUUGUGGUAGUGUUUGGAAGACGGGGCUCUUCCUAUGUAAAGCCAUUCAGUUUAAAUGUAAUCUACCUGUAGUGUUACUGUCUCCUUUUUCAUUUUCAACAUUUGAAUAGUUCAUUUUGACAUCAAUCUGCAUGUUAUUUAUUAUUUUCCUUUCAGUAUUGUGUGAAUAAAUGGAUGUCACUAUUGUUCCAAACUAAAA